AUGGCCUCCCGAACACUCUUCACCCGCGCCACGACCCUCCUCCGGGCCAGCGCCGCCACGAACCAAGCCGGAUCCAUCACCAGAUCCACUCCCCUCGUGGUCUCCCGCGCCUACCACCCCACCCCUUCCCUCAAAACCGACAAAGACUUCUCCGAAGACCGGACCACCGUCCGCCCGCGCCGCUCCGAAGGGUCCAGCUACGCCUCGGACGACGAAGUGGCGCACCUAGACAAGACGGCCUUCGACCCCAAGAACACGUCGCCCAACGGGGAGACCGAGUCCGCCGGCAAGGAGUCCAACGGCAACCCGCUCGAGACUUCGGGAGCAAACAGAGAGUUCUCCAGGCCCCAGGGCGAUCAUCCUACCGAGGGGGAUAUGUCCAAGGGGGAGAAGACGCCUGGUAUGGGCAAGGACAGGAAGAAGAGUGGUGGGCCGGCGGCGGGGAGUAAGAAGGGGGGGAAGACGCAUUAUCAGGAGAGUAAGGAUCAGGGCGUUAGUGCUAAGGACGCCUAA